CGCCCCGCGGGCUCAUUUACAUGUGGCCGCGGCCCCGCCUGGGGCGGCUAAAGCGACGUGUCCUUGUCCCCCGUGGACAGCCCUGGUGCGCGCGGUCGCUGAUCCCCAGCUCCAAGGGCCCCCCUCAGAGCCACCACCCCCUGGGACAACCAGUCUGGAGCCAUGAAGACCAAGAACCGGCCCCCCAGGCGCCGGGUGCCUCCGCAGAACACAGAGGCCACCCCAGGGGAGCAGACCCCCGACAGGCCCCAGCCGGGCUCCGGGGCCCCGCUGGCCAAGGGUCUGCGGAGCCGGACCGCGCGGGCGCAGGGGGUGCGGGCGGAGGGCGGGCGCCGGCGGCCGGGGCUCUCGGGCCAGGCUGGCCGGCGGGAGAGCAGCGUCCAGCGGCGGCUGGAGAGCAACGAGCGCGAGCGGCAGCGCAUGCACACGCUCAACAACGCCUUCCAGGCGCUGCGCGAGGUCAUCCCGCACGUGCGCGCCGACAAGAAACUCUCCAAGAUCGAGACCCUCACGCUGGCCAAGAACUACAUCAAGUCGCUGACGGCCACCAUCCUGACCAUGUCCAGCGGUCGCCUCCCGGGCCUGGAGGGACCUGGCCCUAAGCUCUACCAGCACUACCAGCAGCAGCAGGCGGCCGGGGGCGCCCUGGGGGCCCCGGAGGCCCAGCCCGAGGGCCACCUGCACAAGUACUCCACACAGAUCCACAGCUUCCGGGAGGGCUCCUAGCACCCGCCCUGGGCCCGCCACGAGCCCCAGGCUGGUGGCGACAUUCCCACGUGGACGUGGCCCCCGCGGCUUCAUCUUCCCUGAACACUCCGCUGCCUUUCUGGAUGGAGCACGUGGGUCCCCGGACCUGUUUUUCCAUUGACUAGACAGGAGUUGACAGGCCUUUGUAGGUAGAGUCUCGUCUCUGCUGGCUCCCUCCUGAAGCAAGGGAGGUCCCCGGGAGGCGUCCUGGGUAAGUUUCCCCAGCCACUCCUGAAGUGCAGGCCCAGGAAGGGACCGCCUCCAACCUGCAUCAGAGCCUCCUCAUUCGGGGUAAACUGAGGCACACAGCAAGUAAAGCUCAGGGCCACUUGGGGAGUGUGGCUGAGCCAAGAUGGUUGAAGUGAGUUCAGCAUCUGUGUUAGACAGAAUCCCUCAUCAGACGACCUCAAAGGAACUGGAAAGGGACCUUCAGAGGGGACGUCCCGAGGGGCUGGAUCUUUUCCUGCCUCCUCUUGUGCUGGGGGCUCCUGACUGCGGAGGGGCUGAGCGGGUCAGAGGGUCUGUGGCCUGGUGCUGAGGGGCAGGGGCAGGACGGGAGAGAGGCCACUGGGCUCUGCUCCGCUGGGAGGCUGGGCCUCUCAGCCCUGGCCCGUUGGGGAGGUUGUGUCCCCACGCCUUCUCGGGUCCCACCCAGGUUUGCCGCUCGUUGUCAUAGUCGUGCUGAUUGUGUGAUCUGUUAGGACUUUAGGAUGUUGGGUCCUGGUUGGGGUUGGGGGCUCUGUGGGGCGCCCUUGGGAGAGCCUGGGUGGCAUGAGCUCCCUCCCCCACCGGUGCUGCUCUGCAAAGACAGGACUGGCAUCUUGGCAGGUCUCCGCAGCCCUGGGCCAAGCUUCCUUCUGUGUUCCUGCCCCGCUGGCUUCAGCAGGCUUGGCGACUUUGUCCUCCAGCCCACAGCCAACAUGGGGAGGGGGCAGGGCCCUUGGCAGCCUCAGGCCGGAACCACAGUGACAGGGGCUGGGGUGAGGGUAGAGUUGCCCUGGCACGUGGGGCCCAGUCCCCUGCCAGCCCUCCUGGGCAUUGCAGAUGGGGGAUGGCUGGCCGGGGAGUGAGCUGUACAGCCCAGGACUUGUUCCUGAUGCGUGCCCUCACUGUCAAGCCCCGUAGUCCAGGCCCAGCCAUUUCAUGCGUCCCUGGGCUGUGUGUCAGCCCUGGCAGCACCAAGGACAGAGGGUGGCACCCCUUGGAACAGCCAGUGGCCACUUAUCUGGUCAGACACUGGCCCGGCCCUCCCUAGGCCCCAGUGCAGGCCCCUCUGGAAGGUGGCCCUGGGAGCCUUCAGCGCCGGUCAGGUGAGGGCCCAGGUGUGCCUGGACUGCCGUCAGGCGUGGCUGCUGGGAAAGGUGAGUGGCGGUCAGGACAACCCGCCAAUGGGACCUGAGGUGGAGAGCAACUCCGAGCUCGGGACCGAUGGGGUCCGUGCGACCCCGCUGACGGCUGCUGGCUGACACAACAGGUGAGGCCCGCACACCUGGUGUCUUGUCCUGGCUGAGCCAAGGCCAGAGCAGGGCUCCGUCCGCCCCUGAGCUUGCUGAGCGAACGGAUAAACAGCCAGCAGCACAGGGAGGGCCCAGCAGUGCCCUCUGUCCGGGAGAGCCUGCGGGUGCGGGAGGGCCUGCGCCACCGCCUUGUAGGACAGCCGUGGGGGCUCUUGCUCUCGGUCCCAGACAUGCACCUGCACCUCCUCUGUUCCCCAGAGGGUGACCCGGGCCCACAUGCCAGUCCUUCACCAGAGGCCGGAGGGCACUUGCACGCCCUGUGGCCACAUCACGAAGGGUUUCUAAAGGUUUCAGUUCCGCUUUGGGGGUGUUAACUACGGGGGCGCGAGGGACCAGCUCUGGUCAGAGACCUGCUGCUGAGUCUGCUCCCUCGACCCUCACUGUGGACCCGAAGCCCAGCGGGACCCACCUGUCCUUGGAGGAGCCCUGGCGCCUGGCCCACUCCUGGCCGUGGACCUGCCUGCAGACCAGACAGCCCCGAGGCGAAAGCCAUAGGCGGAGCAACCAGAACGUCCACUUCUCUGCCUGGGAAAACCCCUGGACGGAACGGCCCGGGUGGUAAUUGUGGUGAAAACGUUUCUUAAAUGACCCAAAUUUGGUUUUUAUUUUCCCUAAUGGCCCCUUCAAAGUACUCAUGAAAUUGAUGUUGUGUCACAAAACGAAAAUAAACGAUUUCACAGCAGUUUGCAUUCCAGCACGGGGA